AUGAGCAAAAAGAGCAAAGAAUUGGUACUUUUCCAGAUAGCUCCGCCCAUUCCCAUGUGGAGACCGAAUGUCGGAUCGCUGGACGAAUUGGUGGCCAGCAACGAUCUGAAAAACGAGGAAACGGACGAUUCGUGUCUCGGAAAUGCAAGCCUCUUCUCUCCGUUUAAACGAAUGCCAGACACGGAAUUAUCAUCCAUUUUUUCGAGUUCGUCCGCUUCCAGAAAUGACGAUUACAACGGUUUGUCAAAAAUGUUCUUCUUCUGUGGAAGACGGUCGACGAGAUGGAAAUACGCAUCGUCGACCAAAUUCACAGAACGCACGAACCUUAAAUUUUUGAAAAUUUUUUAUUUCUGAGCGAAAACAAGUCGAAACUCUUUUUUUAAUUUCCGAUGAUUUCCAGAAGUCGUCAACGACGAAGAAUACGAAAAGGAGAAUAGGAAACGAGUCUCGUACUACAAAUACAAACGAAUUUCCGAAAAAGAGUUCAUCGAACAAAUGCACCCGUCGAUCGGCGAAAUGGUGGAAAUGGCGGAGCGGUGCGGUGUCAGAUACCGAACGGUUUUCGAGAAUUUCGCGGGAAAACGAAGGAAGUUGGGGGUGAAAUGCGCGGAAGACGACAAUUGCCAGAAGGUGGCUCAGUUUUUGCUCCGAGAAAACGAAGCACUUGGCCACGGGAAAGUGGGAGAGGAAGUGAGGAGAGUGCUUGAAGAUUCCAUCGAGACCCAUCUGCUUUCCCGGAAAAGAUUCAGUUUGGGAUACGUUCAUUUGGUACGGUUUUGUCAAGAUCUUUUAAAAACUCGACGAACUUUAUCGAAAACUCGGUUUUCUGAUUUUUUGUUUAUGUCGGAAUUGCCAUUCAAAGGCAAUAAAUUGAAUUAAAGGAGCGUCGUCCCAAUAACUUGUCGAGGAAUCACACAAAAAAUUGCAGAUAAUGGAAAAGACAAAUUUGCCGCCGUCGUACAUCCGCUGUCAGUACGAUUGUUGCAAAAAGAGGCUGCUGACUCAGAACCGUCCGAACACGAACAUGUUACCCGUCAAAACGGUUCGCCAGUUGGAGGAAGCAUACUUGGCGAAAAAGUACAAGUGCACGAGCAAGGAAUGGAGUAGCGAAGAGCUCGAAUGGCUGGCCGCCCGACUGAAACUGCGCGAGAAACAAGUGUCCGAGUGGAUGGAGAUGCGGAGCGGCGCCGUGCUCGGAUUCCGCCACGACGCCUUCGAAUUCCGGAGGGCCAGGGAGGUCCGGUCGUUCACGAGACUUCCGCUGCACAAGACCGCCGUUAUGAACGAGGAAUUCGACAGGAUCGGCAGUCCAAGCGUCGAAAAACGAAAAGAAUUGGCGGAAAGGCUGCAGUUGACAGAGACUCAGGUCAAGAACUACUUCAGCAAGCGCCGCAUCAAGCUGAACCGCAUUGCAACGAAAUCUAUUGAUUUUUCAUCUUCCGUCUUGUGA